AUGGGAAUGGAGAGGGCGGUGGCGGCGGGACGGCGGGCCCCGCUCCCCGCCACUAACCUCCCACCGCUCGAAACCCCCAUCCGCCCCCUGGACCCUCCCCCCUCCCCACCGGCUCCGGAGAAGCCCAAGCCCUCGACCUCCAUCGAGCGCAUCGUCCACAGGCUACGAACCCUAGAGUUAGGGUCCGAGGAAGAGGAGGAUUCGAACCAGCCGAAUCCUUUGAAGGGGGACGAGAGGUUGGGGGAAUUGUUGGAACGGGGCUGGAACCGGCCGGAUCAAUCGCCGGCGUCGGUUCCGUUGCCGUGGGAGAGGGAGGAGGGGUUCGCCGACGCCGGUGAGAAGGAGACGGGGAAGAGGAAGAGGGUGAAGGCGCCGACUUUGGCGGAGCUGACGAUUGAGGAUGAGGAGCUUAGGAGGUUGAGGAGGGAGGGGAUGACUCUGAGAGAGAGGAUCAGCAUUCCCAAGGCCGGGGUUACCAAGGAGAUUUUGGAGAAGAUUCAUGAUUUCUGGCGCAGGUCGGAGCUUGCGAGGUUGAAGUUUCAUGAGGAUUUGGCGCAUGAUAUGAAGACCGCGCACGAGAUUGUAGAGAGACGAACUGGAGGAUUGGUUAUAUGGAGAGCAGGAAGUGUUAUGGUUGUCUAUCGAGGAAGUAAUUACAAAAGACCUUCAAAGUCGCAAUUUCUUGGCGUUGAAACCUCUCCUGCACAAGCGUCUCAUGGAGGAGGCACAUCGUUUGUUCCAGAUGUUUCAAGUGAAGCUCCUGGGAACGAUAAUCAUUCUCCAUCUUUAACUCUUGACAAGGUGAGGUCGUUGCAAACAAACCUUGCUGAUAGCAUGACAGAGGAGGAAGCGGAGUUCAACAGUUUGCUUGAUGGGUUAGGUCCUCGCUUUGUUGAUUGGUGGGGAACCGGAUUAUUUCCUGUGGAUGCUGAUUUGCUGCCUCAAACUAUUCCUGGUUACAAGACGCCCCUUAGAAUGCUUCCCACAGGAAUGCGGCCGAGGCUUACGAAUGCAGAGAUGACGAAUUUGCGAAAGCUUGCAAGAAAACUUCCUUGCCAUUUUGCCCUUGGGAGAAACAGACAUCAUCAGGGAUUGGCAGUCGCUAUUCUGAAGCUUUGGGAAAAGAGCUUAGUUGUGAAAAUUGCUGUUAAACGGGGAAUUCAAAAUACAAAUAACAAAUUAAUGGCUGAGGAGCUGAAGAAUCUGACAGGAGGCAUCUUGCUUCUACGAAACAAAUAUUACAUUGUUAUAUACCGCGGCAAAGAUUUUCUUCCUACAUCAGUGGCUGCUGUUCUUGCAGAAAGAGAGGAGUUGUCAAAAGAUGUUCAAGAAGUAGAAGAGAAGGCACGGAACUCUUCUAUCGGUGAAUCUAGCAUUGACAAUAACGGAGGAUAUGCGCUUGCUGGUACAUUAGCUGAAUUUCAGGAGGCUCAAGCACGCUGGGGAAGAGAAGUAACUGCUGAGGAGAAGAAGGCAAUGAAAGAAGAAGCUGCUAGAGCUGAAUCUGCUCGAUUAUUCAAGAGGAUUGAACAUAAAUUUUCUAUUGCUCAAGCCAAAAAGUUACGGGCUGAGAAAUUACUUGCAAAGAUUGAAGCAUCCAUGGUUCCAGUUAAUCCAUCUGACGACCAAGAAAUGAUAACUGAUGAAGAACGUUCUGUUUUUCGUAGGAUCGGGUUGCAAAUGAAGUCGUACUUACCUCUUGGCAUUCGUGGUGUUUUUGAUGGUGUAAUUGAGAAUAUGCAUUUGCAUUGGAAACAUAGAGAGCUGGUAAAGUUGAUCUCAAAGCAAAAAACCCUUUCCUUUGUUGAGGAUACUGCACGAUUGUUAGAGUACGAAAGUGGAGGAAUCUUGGUGGCAAUUGAGAGAGUCCCCAAAGGUUUUGCACUCAUUUAUUAUCGUGGCAAAAACUAUCAGCGGCCAUUCUGCUUGAGGCCCAGAAAUCUCCUAACAAAAGCCAAAGCAUUAAAACGUGCAGUGGCAAUGCAGCGACAUGAGGCACUUAGUCAACACAUAACCGAGCUGGAGAAAACAAUAAAGAAGAUGAAGUCAGAUCUGGGUUACCCUGAAACUGAGGGAAGCGAUAACAGUAUGGGGUUUCAAUCUGCCCACGCCUCAGACAACAACGAGAUGGAAGGCGAAGAGUUUGUUAGCGACUCUGAAGAUGAGUUUGUAAGCGGCCCCGAAGAUGGGGAGUUUGUUAGUGACUCUGAAGAUGAUGAGCUAUGACUGAAGUAUAAACAAGAUACUACUGUGUGUACGGUUUAAAUGCAAAUGUUGAGGGAAGAUUGCACUGUUUGAUUUGAUCAGCACGUCUUCAGAGUUUGACUUGGGCCAAGAGAAUACAGAGUGGGCCAUUCUCUCGUUUACUUCAGGGGUAGAUUCACAAAGGAAGUAAGUUUGACACGGGUGCCUUUACUGGUGACCAACAUAGCAUUGCGCUGCACCACCACCGACAAAUUUCAUCUUCGAAGCUUGAGCUUGUGAUUCGAAUUUGUCAUGUAAAAUGACAAAAAUAUGUUGGACUCCUAACGUAAUAUUUAAUUUGUUCAUUUAUCUGUUUACUAAGAGCAACUCUGGAGGUGUAGGUGCCAACA